UGUGUGUGUAUUGAGUAGCUUGAUGCAUUAUUGAAUUAACACGAAAAUUAAUUUGAACGCAAAUUUGAUCAAACAGACACUGCUCUUUGUUCAUCUGAAACCCCCUCAAGGGCGGAAAAAACAUUCGCUAAACGAUUUCCUGCUUGGCGAGCGAGAAGCCAUUCGAACGAAUGUUGCGGACUGUACGUAGCGUGCGGUGAGUCAAUGGUGGCUUGUAUUGUAACGUUUCUUUCAGGACAGGAGCAUACAAUUCCUUUGCUACAGGCGCGUAAGGAUAUAUAACAUAACACAACAUCUCGAUCUGUGUUGCCUCUGAUAUUAAAAAAUAAGUAAUUCAGUUGUGUUCUGGAAAGACACUGAGGUCCAAAAAGACAGCUAGAAGGUUUUCACUGAGAUGGGUAGGACGAGCGCAACAGCUGCGUAGGUUCAAGAUCUCUGAUGUCUUCCUCGUAAACAGCUAUAAUGGAGCAAUCACACAAUGACUGUGUAGUAGUAACAGAUUGUCAACAACUCAGCUCCUCAGGUGACAACGAGAUGUUUGCCUACCCCAUACCACAGUGGUUCGUUGUCGUUUUUAUCGUCGCAUCCAUAUUCCUUAUCGCUGUAGGCGUUACAGGCAAUGCUCUGAUCAUAGUGGUGGUGGUCUGGUACAAGAAGCUGAGAACAGUGAUCAACGUCCUCAUUGUGAAUCUGGCCAUUAAGGACGUCAUAGCCCUGGGGGUGAUACUGCCCGCUCAGUUGUGGGUCUUUGGUCGAGAGGUGUAUCCCUUCUCCAUGAACCUAUGCGUCGCCUUCACAGCUUUCAGUAAGACAGUGAUUGUUGGUUGUAUGUUCGACCUCACAACCAUCGCAGUGGCCCGCUACAUAUACAUCUGCAGACCUCGGCUUCGAGACCGCCUCUUCAGCUCCAGGUUGUGUUUGGUCUGUAUAACAAUCAUCAACUGGCUUAUAGGUCUGAUGUUCGGUAUCCCAAUCCUGCUCCGAACGCCAGCGUUCCAUCCGGUGUUCCGACAGUGUAUGAUCGGGUCCAACCAGCACCAACGCACAUUUUUCCAGGUCGCAUGUGUGGGCGUGCCACUUCUCCUUAUUUCUAUUUUCUGCUAUACUAAGAUUUUUCUAAAAGUUGGAGAAAGUAAAAUGAAUUUGGCUCGUCAUCAGGACACCACAAACGAGCAGCAGCAGCAGACUGCUGAAGAAGGAGGAACGGGGUCGACUUCACAAAAAAAGGACACCGAAGUCGAGCACGUUGCUAGUGGCCUCGAGGAGGAGUUUGGAAACAUUCCCAGUAGUGGCGCUGCAGGUGACAAUAAAGGCAAGCACAAUGCAGUUACAGCGGUUAAGGAAUUUGCAACUUCCCUGAGAAAACAGCUAAAAAAGAAAGUGGACAUAAUUUUCGACCAGAGUCAACUCAACAAGAUAAGAUGCGAAUUUUGUGUAUUCACGUUUUUCUUUAUCUUCACCACGCCUUACGUCAUCGCCCGAGCUAUUGAGUCUACGGAAUCCCAUUUUAUGACAAUUCAGAUUUCCACGCUGUUCCUCGUCUUCUUCAAUAACUUUUUCAACAGCAUAAUCUUUGGUGUAAAAAAUCGACAAAUCAGCAGUGCUAUAGUGGGCCUAACAGGCUGGAAUCGAUGGAGGGCGAAACGAGUAGACGUGUCGGACGUAACUACAAGUUAGGACCAAAAAUAAAAAUGUCAAUAGCUUUGAGAGCAAUGUACUAAACAGUUUUGUAUCCUGAUAACUGGUGUCUGUGGUGUAUAAUAAUAAAAAACAGCUUGUCCAUCAAUAUCUGACGAUGACCAAUACAGCGGUAGAGCAUGAUAAUAAAUAUUUCUCCAACGAAAUAGAAAAAUUUGAA